AUGACACCCACAAUCGCACUGCAAGACCACGACCGCCAUCACCCACGGAGGCAGGCCUCAGUCACGCCCCUGCGGACACCGCAACACCGAGAUGACGUCUGCCGUCCCUCAGGGCAGAACAGGAAGAGCCCCAAACCGAGGGUGACCCCAGAGGGAGAGUUCCUCCCGCUGGACAACGAGGACAUCAACGUGGGAUUCGACACGGGAACCGACCGCAUCUUCCUGGUUUCCCCGGUAACCAUCGUCCACGAGAUCAACGAUGAGUCGCCRUUUUUCGAGAUGGACCGUCGGACGCUGGAGGGCGACUCGGAGCUGGAGGUGGUGGUCAUUCUGGAGGGUAUGGUGGAGGCCACAGCCAUGACCACACAGUGUCGCAGCUCCUACCUCGCCUCCGAGAUCCUCUGGGGUCACCGCUUCGAACCUGUGCUCUUCCAGAGGAAGAACUGUUACCAGGUGGACUACUCGUUCUUCCACCGGACCUAUGAGAUUCCCAGCACACCCUCUUGCAGCGCUAAAGAGUUGGCCGAGCAGAAGUACAUCCAGGGCUCACGCUCCUCAUUCUGCUACGAGAACGAAGUAGCCCUGCAGCUCGUCUCCCCUGACAAUGACCGUGAGGGCAACCCUGGCGGCCGCCCCUCCCCCCUGACCCACCGAUCCUCCCUCUCACAACCCACCCACACUAACUAGGGAGGCGACAGGCAGAGGGGACAGGAAGUGACCUGGGAUCCACAGGAAGUCAGGGACAGACAGAGGGAGAGAGAGGCAGAAAGAGAGACAGGCUUCAUAGUGAAAGAGACCAAAGUAGAGAAAGGUAAGUACACGAUUUAGGGAAAAGGACAACAUUGAGAGACUGAAGUUGAGAGAGGUAUAGAAAGAGAAACAGAAGACACGACAAAGAUGCCGAGAAACAAACGUAGAGAGAGAGAUACUGUAUACUGUCAAACAGAGAGAGAAAAGGACAUACAGAUAGGACAGAAAAGGAAAGAGAGGGAUAGAAAGAGAGAAAGAGAGAGAGAAUUGUCAUUGAAAGGGGUAGAUGGGCUGCUGCUACUCUGACUGUGUUGGCUGAUUUGGACAUAGCGAUCUUUCAGAAUCAUUAUGAACCCGUCUGUCUCAGACCCGUCCCGUCAACCAACCGCUACAUUCASCACUGGCUCCAGCACCUAACUGACCACACAUACAACACUGACCCCUAUUGGCUUCAGUCUGUAACUGCAGCUCCUGUUCAGUUACAACUCACACUGGACAGACACAUGGGAGUAAGGUGAAGCUACCCCCUAGACACUGAGCUAUGACCAGUUUAGUGUUUCUGCCCCCUAAUGGUGAAGGUUAGGUUUUCGAGAGGCUAAGCUGAUCCUAGAUCUGUGCCUACGGGUAACUUCUACCCCAAACCUGUGGAUGUUGAAUACUGUGUGACAGAAUGAGGUAAAACGGUGUAUAUCUACACAUUGAGGGAUGUUUGUUGAAUGACAAGGCAUUAUUGAUAUGUUUUGGAUUCUGGUCAUUUGUGUUCUGUCAAGGUUUGAGCAGGUCUGUUGUGUUAGACUGAUAUGUAAYAAAAUGGAUACAGAGAAACAGCUGAAAAUAAGCAGCGGUUUUAAGCUGUUUCUUUGACUUGUACUGUAUGUUGUUAUUCUGUAUUUAUAAUGCAAGACUAUUAUAUAUUUGCUUUAUUUAAUCAAACAUGUUGCAUGUUCAACUGGGUGCAGUGUCAGCACAAAACCAUAUGAGUGCAUAGUCUUGUAACAUGUUAUUUUAAGGUCUACUUCUAAACGUAUGAUUAAUUGUUUAAUAUGGUUAACUAUGGUUAACAAACAAAGGUUUAUAAGUACUUUGUAAGCAGAACUUUGAUUAAAAUGUUACCUUAUGUUAUUUUUAAA